AUGGUGCACAAUCCAGUCGUUGUAGCGGCUCUGUCUGCUGCGCUCCUUGCCCCAUUGGCGGCGGGGAUGUACUCCAGCAAUUCGCCUGUCCUUCAACUUACAUCUAAGAACUUUGCCGAAAAGAUUCUCAAGUCAAACCAUGCUUCUGUUGUCGAAUUCUAUGCACCAUGGUGCGGACAUUGUAAAAAUCUCAAGCCUGCAUAUGAGAAGGCCGCUGAAAAUAUGAAAGGGCUUGCUCAAGUCGCUGCAAUUGACUGUGACGAAGAUGCGAAUAAACGUACUUGUCAAGAGUACGGGAUCCAGGGCUUCCCUACUAUCAAGGUUUUUAAACCCGGCAAAAGUGGAAAGCCUUCAAUCCAAGACUACCAAGGUGCGCGUACAGCCAAGGGAAUAGUUGACUUCUUGAUUGAGCAGAUCCCCAACCAUGUCACGAGGAUUAACUCUAAGACUGUUGACGGCUUCCUCAAGGAGAAGAAUGAGACGGCGAAGGCGAUACUCUUCACCACAAAGGGUGUCGCCACACCCCUCUACAAGGCAUUGGCUGUUGAUUUCUUUGGCUCUGUUACAUUCGGACAAGUUCGUGAUAAAGAAACUGAAGUCCUUAAGCUUUUUGGCGUUGAAAAAUUCCCCACAUUCCUCGUACUGCCAGGCGGUAGCGCUGAGGGAGUAAUUUAUGAUGGGGACAUGAAAAAGGACGGUAUGUUGAAGUUCGUCAAGAAAUUCGCACAGCCAGCCUCCGGUAAGCCCAAGGAUGAUGAGAAGAAGGAAGAGUCUUCUUCGACUUCGUCCUCUUCAGCACCGCCACCAAGGCCAACUUUCGACUCUACCAUCCCCGAGGCACCCUCUCUAGAAGCUUUCGCCGCUACAUGUGGAAACAAGAUCUGCGUUCUGGUUGUCACUCCUGAGAGCGCCCCCUCUCUCUCUGCUCAGGAAAAGGCCAAUUUCUAUGUAAACCAUGUUAAGCAAACUUUCCCUUUCUUCCAAGUCCAAGGAUCAAAGCUUUCUCCCGAAUUUAUGAAAGGAUUCGCUCUUGAGAAAUCGGAUCAAAUUCAAGUGAGAGCUUUGAGCGCCAAAAGAGGAUGGUAUGUUGCCUAUAGCGGUGACUCCGCCUCUGACGAGGAGCUGAAGAUCUGGAUCGAUAAGAUCAAGAUGGGAGAAAUCCAAAAAGUAAAGAUCCCACAAUUUGAGAAGGAAGAAUCCACGACACCACCAGAGCCAGCCAAGGAUGCGCCGGCACCAGAAGAGCCAGCCAAGGAGGUGCCAAAGGAAGAAGAGCCAGCUAAGGAGGCCACCAAGGAAACACCCGAGCAUGAAGAACUCUAA